AUGUAUAGAUUGUCUGCUGUCAAAGUCUGAGAACAUUUUACUCAGGAGGUGAGAAACACAGGAAACACCUGUGUUCAAAGUAGAGCUCAAAGUCACGUACACACACAACUAUCACCACAAUAUUUGUAGUGUUGGCCUUUUCCAUCACAUUCAGUCAGCAACCCACCUUUGUCAGUAACCGAGGCACCACACACAGACACCUGAGUCUGGACAUAACUGCCACUUGCACGGCAGUCCACAGGGUAUGUUUGUGACAUCUUAAACAAAAGGAAACAUCAGCUGUUGUGAAGCUGACCUUAGUAUUCUGUUCCAGGUUCUUUGCCCUGACCUCGCUGCGCCUGCUCUUCCUGCUGUCUUCAGGCCUGGUUGUAUUCAUCUGCGUUGACAGCUGGAGGAACAAGAUCUGGCCUGAGAUCAGAGGUGAGGAGGGUAUAGUACAUUAUUUCUGGAACGUCUGCCUUAUUCUGCACCCAAUGCCUCAUGCCCCACUGUGUCUUGGUCUGUCCCCGCUGAGUACCUCUGCUCUACUGUGUUAAUUAUACCUGACUUGGUUCUUAGAUCCUGUCCCUUAUUCCCCAGUGUCAUACUACCCUUGGUGUGAAUACCCUACUGCUUUACAUUUGAGGGUUGAGACACAUCUGUAAGCGUUUCACAGCCUGGCCCUGGUCUGUACUAUUCAUUAGACCCUGUAAGACCCUGUAUAAUUAAUCAUAUCCUUUGUUAUGCCUGUCCUCAUUUAAACUCAUGUGGUAUAGAGUGUCUAAGUGUAGUGAUAAUGUGGGUGUUAAAUGCAUUUUCUGUUCUCUUCCCACAGUUAAAAAAGCCUGAUGAGUCUGAAAAUGAAAGGUAGGCCUAUGUCUUAAAAAUACAUCAUUUGUAUCCUAUCGUCACAUUCUGGUUGGGCAGUGGUCACAGAGAGAUGAUGUCACUGAUGUUGUUGUAAUCCUAUCUUGCAGCUGGGGCCUGGUGCAGCCAGGGGUGCUCAGUGUUCCAGAGCUGUGUCACCACAUUGCUGAGGUCUGGGUCUCUGGGCUGGCCUUUACAUCCAGCCUUGUGCAGUUCAAACGCCACAACCCUGGCAAGGUGAGGCCAUGGCACUCUCCUUGUACUAGUAUGAAGGGUCUCCUAUAUAAUCCCUAAACCCUAAUACAAUAUCUUGUCUACUCUCAGCCUACUGUGAACAUACAGCUAAUCAUUAACUUGACCAGUUGAACUAAAAUAAUUGCUUGCAGUUGAACCUGCUGAAGGUGACUACCUUUGUCUGUGUUUGUUGUCUCUAGUUCUGCCUCCUGACCUGUGCCCUCUUGACCUGUCUGGCCAUGGUUGGACGGUACAUUCCUGGACUGGUGCUCUCUUACUCUGCAGGUGAGUACAGUGAGAAACAACCCACCCACCACCAAUCCCACCCUCCUGUUUCCCAAGCUGGCUUCCCCUGUUAAAAAUGCAUGGCUGGUGAAACCAGAUCUGUGGUCCCCUGGCACCAGGGUUCUGUCUGUGAGGUGAUUAACGCCUGGCUGGGCUGAGGCAGGGAGGGAAUUGGGGAGGCAGGGAUAGAGGGACUCAGGGGGAGGCAGGGAGAGAGAGGGAGGGAGAGCGAUACAGGAAGGAGGUCAGGCUCAGACAUGCUAAUCCCCUCACCUUUAACCAAUGUAGAGCGACCAAUCUACCGGAGAGCCAGGAAGAGGGAGGCCCUGCCAGGGCCCUCUGACGUACCUAACAAUCUUGUGGCUGCUAGUGCUCCCCCUCUUUGUUUUGUUCUCUGUUUAAUGGCGAGAUUAGUUGGGCUCAAGCCCAUGGGUGUGUGGGCUGAGGAGAGUAGCUGGGGGGUUUAGGUGAGCCAGAGCCUAAUAGUACAGAUUAAUGCAUUUUGUUUCUGCAGCCAUGGUUAUUUUCUCUGUCUUUUGUUUAUGCCCAGUGAUGUUUCCACUAACAUUAAGCCAUUCUCUCUUGUCCCAGUGCUGGCUGUUCUGCUGUGCCCCCUGGCAGCGUACCACCGAGUGUGGCAGCGUGUGUGCGUGAAGCUGGAGCCGGCCCUGCAGUGGCUGGACUUCAGCGUUCGCGGGUACAUGAUGUCAAAGCCCAUCGACAACCAGUGUGAGUACAGAGUGGUUGCCUGUUUGUUUGUGUUUGUCUGAUAGUUGUAUUGGCAUAGCUACAGUUUGCAAACCUAAACCAGUGUAUCUCCUUCUAACUUGACUGGAUCAACGGAGUAGCUCAGUCAUUGUAACCUGUGGUCUGUGUUUGCUCUGUAGUCCUCCGCAAGCCAAUUCGGGGUGCAGCCUCCGGUGAUGCCAGUGACAGUGAGGAGGAGCUUGCUGCAUUCUGCCCGACGGUAAUUCACCAGAUGUAUUUCACAGGCCGUCCAAAAGCAUAGUCAGGUUGUCAUCUAUCUGACUGUCAUGGUUAUUUAAAUGGGCCUACUUGUUGGUUAUUACUCAGUUAGAUGGCCAGGAGUGGCGCAUGUAGCUCAAGCCUGCAGCUGGUCUCAGAUUGAAAAAUAACCUGACCCCUUUAAAGAUAGAAAUAGCAGGCCCAUCCCAGUCAUAUCAGGUCAUGGGCUCCCGAGUGGCGCAGCGAUCUAAGGCACUGUAUCACAAUCCGGCUGUGAUUGGGAGUCCCAUAGGGCGGCACACAAUUGGCCCAGCGUCGUCCGUGUUUUGCCAGGGUAGGCCGUCAAUAAGAAUGUGUUCUUAACUGACUUGCCUAGUUAAAUAAAGGUGAAGUAAAAAAAUAUAUACAAAUAAAAACAUGUCAUCCUUGACUAUGUAUAAAUUCAAGAGGAAACAUACUAUAUUAUAAAUUACUAACAAGGUUCAAUGUCUUUGCUCUCUUUCAGUUUGACGAUGCUAUAGUGGCCAAAGAACUUGCGAUGACAGACUCUGAGCACUCUGACGCUGAGGUCUCAUACACAGACAAUGGGACCUUUAAUCUGUCCCGUGGCCAGACUCCUCUCACAGAGGGCUCAGAAGGUACAGUCCGCACCUCCAGGCACACAUGCUCUGGAGUCACGAGAAUUAGAGGCAGAUGUAAUGUAGCUAAUAGGGAUGUGCAUCUUUCCCUUUCAAGACGAUUCGAUAUGUAUCUAGAUACAUGGGCUCCGAUACGAUACAGGAACGAUACGUUUUAGUUUGACACUUUGUUUUUGAUUUAGAGAUGCAAACACAUUCAUUUUCCAUUCUAAAUUCAAAUCUGCUGCUGAUGGAGAUCAUGAGCUGGGCCUCUCUGGGCUGGAUCUAUCUGAGCUGAUGUGUGUGUGUGUGUAAAUGAUGUAUACUAUGUAGGCACCUGAUCUAAACCAUAAGGGAGACUAGGCAUCUACCACCCCACUAUCAGAUUAGGGGGGGGCAAUAUAGCCUAUUUUUUAUCCCCCAACUUUGAUUCUGAAAUCAUAAUCACCCAAUAAUUAACUUGUAAUUUUUGCAGAUUAAGUGUUUGAGCUAGUAAUGUGUCAAUAUGUAUUGUUUACAAAUUGGGUAUGACAUAGCCAAUGAACACAACUUUGGAUUUCACCCCAUCUCAAAAUCGAAUGGUUUUGACCGUAUGGAAGUUUAGUGAGCUUUAUUCCGGUGAAACACAAUUUUCGACAGUGCAUAGAUAACAAUAACCUAGCAAAUUACAUAGGCUUUAUUAGUUGAGUGACAACCUAAUAUCGCUCAAGCCAUUUGAGCAUUUGAAUGCUGAAGGUGCUGCGUAGAUGUGCAAGAUCAGGAACAGAACGCCUACCUUGCGUUGGUCAGCAUGCGAAGCUGGGCACAGUGCGUGAAGCUGGGCACAGUGCGUGAAGCUGGGCACAGUGCGCGGUUUGACUAGGCUACUAAUAUUCUCUAGGGUUGUUCGGCAUGCAAAAUGACUUGUAGAUCAAUGACUGUCAACACAGUUACAUGCUUAGUUCGACACUGAAGGAGAGGACACAUCAGUUGUCUCAAAAGAUCAGAGGUAUUUUCAGAAGGUAGAAAAAGUAUUUUUUGUACUUUCUACUACUUUUUCUCCCCAAUUUCGUGAUAUCCAAUUGGUAGUUACAGUCUUGUCCCAUCGCUGCAACUCCCGUACGGACUCGGGAGAGGCGAAGGUCGAGAGCCAUGCGUCCUCCGAAACACGACCCUGCCAAGCCACACUGCUUCUUGACACACUGCUCGCUUAACCCGAAAGCCAGCCGCACCAAUGUGUCGGAGGAAACACCGUACAACUGGCAACCGUAUCAGCGUGCAUGCACCCGGCCCGCCACAGGAGUCGCUAGACCGCGAUGGGACAAGAACAUCCCUGCCGGCCAAACCCUCCCCUACCCUGGACGACGCUGGGCCAAUUGUGCGUCGCCUCAGUGGUCUCCCGGUCGCGGCCAGCUGCAACACAGCACGGGAUCAAACCCGGAUCUGUAGUGACGCCUCAAGUGCCUUAGACCGCUGCACCACUCGGGAGGCCCAGAGAGAAAGUAAUAUGAGCAACGACAAAAAAUGUGAAUCAGCGACUCGUAACGUUUGAAUACAUUUUCUGACCGAUGCAUGCUACAUUUGGAUCGGUUUUGGGUCCACGGACCGAUGCAGUUGUAUGUUAAACAUUUGAAUCAGGGACCGAUGCGUAUCUGUGAAUCGUUACAUCCCCAGUAGCUAACAUUAGAGCCUACAUGAUAGGAUGACAUGUCAUAAGGCACUGUACUGUUUUCUGUAUUGUGGCAUGACUGCCUACUCUGGUAAGACAUGUUGUGCAGGGUGAUGGUCUGUGUUUUUAAAUUACAAAUGACAUUCCAACAUCUUGAACCCCUUCCUCUCUGUUCAUCCUCAGAUUUUGAUAGACACAGUGACAAUGAGGAGUCGUUUGCCCAAGACCUCAAUGACUUCCCGUCCAUCAACCCAGACGCCACCCUGAUGGACGACGACGAUGACUCGUGCAUCGGGCUGCCCAGCCUGGGACCUCGUUCUGGGCGGACUGGCCCCCGAUCCACAGCCGAGCUGCUGGAUGUGGAAUCCCACCUGGACUCUGACCAGGACGACCUGGACGAGGAGCUCUCCUUUGGCGGCCUCCCCCCCGCUUCCGACUUCCUCGGAGGUGACCUGGCUGGAAUCAUCGCCAGCAACAUGAUUCAGGCGGCACUGGCUGGGGCCAUGCAGCCCCGUCCCCCUGCCACCCGCAGGGAGAGGCCCAUCCGAGCAGGGGCCAACAGGGGCUACCGCAAGCAGUCUAGCUCGGAGCUGGACACAGACUUGGACGGAGAGGACUUUGAGAUGCUGGAUCAGUCGGAGCUGAACCAGAUGGAUUCCUUUGGGGGUGCAGGAGGACAGGGAGGAGGGCAGGGUGGGGGACAGGGGUCCAGCUUCCUCUCCAACCUGCUGGGGAAACCACAGUGA